AUGCAGAUUUUUGUCAAGACUUUGACGGGUAAGACCAUUACCCUAGAGGUUGAAUCUUCUGACACUAUCGACAAUGUCAAGUCCAAGAUUCAGGACAAGGAAGGUAUCCCACCUGACCAACAAAGAUUGAUCUUUGCUGGUAAGCAAUUGGAAGAUGGUAGAACCUUGUCCGACUACAACAUCCAAAAGGAAUCCACCUUGCACUUGGUCCUUAGAUUGAGAGGUGGUGGUAAGAAGAGAAAGAAGAAGGUCUACACCACCCCAAAGAAGAUCAAGCACAAGCACAAGAAGGUCAAGAUGGCCAUCUUGUCUUACUUCAAGGUUGACCCAGAAGGUAAGGUUAGCAAGUUGAGAAGAGAAUGUAACAACUGUGGUGCUGGUAUCUUCUUGGCUAACCACAAGGACAGAUACUACUGUGGUAAGUGCCAUGCUACUUACACUAUCAAGCAAGAUGCUUAA